UGAUCUUCCAUUUUAUUCUUCAAACACCCAAUUUCAGUCUUCAACCUUUAGACUUGUCAACGCCUUUCCAGGUGACGCCGGCAAAGGCAAAUCUUUGUUGAACUGGAAAAACUACCAACAAUUCCGACUUGAUUAUCGUGUGGCAGUCAUCGCCCUCUUGCCACCUACUCUCCUUGCUAUCUCAUGCCAUCCGAGUCAGCCCCUUGGCUGCGCUGGGUCCUCGGCAUGGGGGAACGACGUAAGCUCGGCGAUGUCGCCAUGGACAUAUUGCUCUUUGCGGGCAUGAUGACGGCUGGCCUAUAUGUGGCUCGAAAUUUCCUCAACCCUAUCUUGAGCAACAUUGCCGACCCCGAUAAAGAAAAACAUGAACAAGCAAGACGCCAAGCUAAAGCGCACCUUGAGCGGUUAAACCGACACAAGAAAGACGGACUUGAUUAUGGAGAUGAUAGCGAUUCGAGAACGGGGCCACGACCGGAGGAUCUGGUCUUGAAUGAAUACGAGAACUUGGUUGCACUUGAGAUGGUCCCUCCUGAGGACAUCUCUGUUGGGUUUGACGACAUCGGCGGUCUGGAUACGAUUAUCGAAGAACUGAAAGAGUCGAUCAUAUACCCUUUGACGAUGCCUCACCUUUACUCCCACGCCGCGCCUCUACUCUCUGCUCCCUCUGGUGUUCUUCUAUACGGUCCUCCGGGUUGUGGAAAGACAAUGCUCGCUAAGGCUGUUGCCCAUGAGAGUGGUGCUUCUUUCAUCAACUUGCAUAUCUCGACUUUAACAGAGAAAUGGUAUGGAGACUCGAACAAGAUUGUCCGUGCCGUUUUCUCCUUGGCCCGAAAAAUGCAGCCUGCUAUUAUUUUUAUUGACGAAAUCGACGCUGUCCUUGGUACUCGUAGAAGUGGCGAGCAUGAGGCCAGUGGCAUGGUCAAGGCCGAGUUCAUGACUCUAUGGGAUGGUUUGACGUCCUCGAAUUCCUCAGGGAUGCCUGCUCGAAUCAUGGUUCUUGGUGCGACCAACCGUAUCAAUGAUAUUGACGAGGCCAUCCUUCGCCGUAUGCCAAAGAAAUUUCCUGUCACGCUGCCAGGAACAGAGCAGCGACGUCGAAUUUUACAACUCAUAUUGCAAGAUACUAAGACAGAUCCUGAGUAUUUCAACCUCGAUUACGUUGCAAGGAUUACUGCUGGGCUCUCUGGUAGUGACAUCAAGGAGGCCUGCCGAGAUGCAGCAAUGGUGCCCGUACGAGAAUACAUGCGGCAGCAUCGUGAGAGUGGGCACGCCAUGUCAUCCGUGGAUCCCAGGCAAUUCCGUGGCAUUAGAUCAGAUGACUUCCUCGGCCGCGAAGGAGGACAGAUCAAACUGCAACCAAAGCGACGGUCGAGCGGUGUUGAGGAGCUGAUUGCGGAGGAGCAGGACUAGCAUGAUAAAUUAGCAGACGAUCCAGGCCAGCAACGGCCGAUAAUGUUGAAUAGAAACACUCAACCCUGGCCAGCACCUCACCAGUCAUUGCCCAAUCAGCAGCAUCACGAUGUCUGCUUCAGGCUUACCAUCGAC